AUGUUCGGCUACCGUCAGCUACUGUCAGGUACUGUCAGCGACUGUCAGCGACUUUCAGCUACUGUCAGCUACUUCCAGCUACCGUCAGCGACUGUCAGCUACUUUCAGCGACUGUCAGCUACUGUCAGCUACUUCCAGCUACCGUCAGCGACUGUCACCAACUGUCAGCUACUGUCAGCGACUGUCAGCUACUGUCAGCGACUGUCAGCUACUUCCAGCUACUGUCAGCGACUGUCAGCGACUGUCAGCGACUGCCAGCGACUGUCAGCGACUUUGACACCGGAUCAGACGGGGUGUCAGCAGACGGUGUGUCAGCAGACGGUGUGUCAGCAGACGGUGUGUCAGCAGACGGUGUGUCAGCAGACGGUGUGUCAGCAGACGGGGUGUCAGCAGACGGUGUGUCAGCAGAAG